AUGUCUCUCACUCCGAGUCGAAAGCCCUCCUCAGGUCAGCGCAGGCGCUCAGUGGGAACGAGUGUGGCCAGUGGGCGAUACAGUGACGCGUCCAGCACCAACACCUACCCUGGUCGGGUUAGGGCAGCAGAGAGCAGCCCCACAGCCCGGACAUAUCCUAGUACACCCAGGCGUCAGGCAAAGCACACAGCUUGCAGUAACAACCAUGGGAUCAGACCCCCUACUCCGGAGCAGUACCUUACACCCCUGCAACAGAAGGAGGUGUGUAUACGACAUCUGCGAGCCAGGCUGAGAGACAAUGUGGAAAGACUACAGCACAGGGACUGUGAAAUAGAUGAGCUGAGGGCCCAGCUCUACAGGAUGCAGGAAGACUGGAUAGAAGAGGAAUGCCACCGUGUGGAGGCCCAGUUAGCCCUGAAGGAGGCCCGCAAAGAGAUCCAGCACCUCCAAGAGGUGGUAGAGUCAGUGAGGUCCAACCCGAAUGUUCGGGAACCAGAUCCCCAUGACCACAAGCCAUACUCAGGGUUGCAGGGAGCUCGGCCGGGGGGGAAGUCUCGUUCUUGUGGUUGUUCCCCUGCCAGCACUUUGAGCCGUGGCGCCCCCUACACCCGGAUGAGCAGCGAGGCUCUGCAGGUGGAGUGCAGCUCAAAUGCUCCUGAGCCAAGCGCAGCAUCUCGCCCAGCGGGGCAAACACACCUGCUCCUGGAGGCGGCCCUCCUAUCAGAGCCGCUGCCAUCACAGGGCCACAACAGAGGCCCCCAAACUGUGCCCCGUUCCUCCACCUAUGAAAGACUGUGCAGCGGGGGGGCUGUGCUGCCAAUCUCACACUCCUGCCACACUCUCAGCAGCAGCUGCAGGUACGGUGGACACACCUACCUUCCUCAUCAUCACUUGUUCCUGCACUUACCUCAGGAGGAGGCUCCAAUAUCAGCGGCACCUGCUGCCGUCCCUGCCACUGAUCCGAUCCCUACCCCUGCUCCUGCGGCAGAGAAGAAGCCAGAGGUCCGCUCCCAGGCCUGCAGCCCGACCAUGACCUGGCUGUGUGAGGAGGGAGGUGUCGAAGAGCUGAGUGUCAUUUCUUUAGCAACAGCGGACAUCACCCCAUCAGAACCGCAUCAGUUUCCAUCAUCUUUACCUCCUCUGUCCCCUGCUGAGCACUCAUACAGUUUAGAGCCUCUACCGCCCGACAAGUCAGAGGAAAUAACAAUGAGGCCAGCAGAGCCCCACACCUGCCAGCCCCAUCGUACCGCUCCACUUCCAGUGAGACAGGAAGCUACAGUGCUGGAGAUAGAAGAAGACAAUGAGGAGGAAACUGAAGCAGCAAAUGAAGAAGGACGUUCCCCUCCGCUGUGCCACUGGAGCCGCUAUUUCCUUGUAGAUCUUUUGGCUUUGGCGGUGCCAGUGGUCCCAACAAUGGCGUGGCUGUGUCGUGGGGGGCCAGGGGACAUGGUGCCUGCAUACCAUAUUGGAUCCCUGCUGAGAGGUUGCUGCGCUGUGGCCCUACACUCGCUCCGCCGUCAAGGUGCAGGCAGGGGGCGAGGGCUGUCCAACAUGAACGGGACAGCACCAAUCUGA